AUGGUCCUUUCCAUCUUCUCGAGCCGCCGGACGGUCCUCUUGGUGAUUCUUCUCCUGGCCAUUGUGACCACCAUCAUGUUUGCACACGAGGAGAUAGGUUCCUUGGACACUUUCUGGCGCCCGCCGCCGCCGCGCGCACACGACCACAUGGGCCAUGAGCGCGACCUGGCGGUGGUUAUGCCUGUCAACGAAAACACCGACCUGCAGUUCUACGGGAACAUGUGGGUGAACGACUACUUGCAUCCGGUGUGCGAUUUCGAGGGCGAUGGGUGCCGGAUAGUAUGCAACCAGAAGUCGACAUGGGAGACGCUGGACAGCAAGACGAUUUGCUUCACAAAAGCGCUGAAGGAGCGGUACCGUGGCACCGAGUUCUUUAUUAAGCUGGACGACGACGCGUUUGUUGACAAAACGUAUAUCCGCGAGCUGAUGUACAAGUACCACCGACACCCGAAGCCCGUGUACAUCAGCGACUUCAUUCUCAACCUGGACGGCGAGAACCUGAACAUGAACAACACAUGGUACGGCAACGGCAAGUUCUACAUGUUCAACCGCCGGCUCCUGGACUGCAUUGACGACAAGAUCCAGUACACGGGUCACCGCAACGAAGAUGCGGUCUUUGGCGCCAUGGUGGCCAACGGAUGCGGCACUGACAUCGUGAUGGUACCGGAGAACGACGACAAGAUCUGGCACCGCAGGUAUGCCAACAAAAACAAAUUUAUCAAUCUGACAGCCAUUCCCAACCGUGUGGUUGAAGACUGGGAGCUGUAA